AUGGACACACAAACACCACCCCAGUACCAGGAAGACGGCAGUGGCCAGACUUCUCUCAAUGCCUUGGGCUCACUCGUGGCCCAAUUGUCUCAGUAUGGCCAGAAUGCGUCCAACAACCUCCAAAAGAGCUUCACCGACAUGUCAUUACACUCAUGGCUGCGGCUCGUCAUGAUUGUCUGCACAUACUUGCUGAUUCGGCCACACGUCAUCAAAUACUCCACCAAGUUCGCCGUCAAGAAGCUGGAAGAGCAGGAGGCAAAGGAAAAGGCCGAGGCACAGGAGGCGGUUGCCAAGAUGUCGCCCAACGAUUUACGUGGCCUCAACGCUUCGACAGAAUUCGACGUUGAUGCUGAUGAAGGUGCCGAUGGGAGCAGCGCAGACUGGGGCUCCAAGGCGCGAGUCAGGCAGAGGAAAGUCAUCAGGAAGCUCCUGGAAGCCGAGGAGAAGCGACGACUGGAGGAGGAAGAAUCCGACGAGGACAUUCGGGAUCUCUUGCAGUAA